AUGGUUGCGGGAAGGAACAAUGAUGACAUUGUUGAUGCAUUGAGGAUGUUUGCUGGAUCUCUUGGUCAUAUUCCUCUGAGGAACAAUCCGCCUAUCUUUGAAGGAGAGCAUGAACCUGAUAAGGCGCAAUCAUGGUUGAAAGCGAUUGAGAAGAUAUUUAGGGUUAUGAAUUAUACUGCUAUGCAGAAGGUGCAAUUUGGUACUCAUGUGCUUGAUAAAGAAGCUAAGGAUUGGUGGGGUAACACUACUCAGAGGUUUGAGGAAGAGGGUAUUCAGAUUACUUGGGAUCUUUUCUGUGAUGCAUUUUUGGAGAACUAUUUUCCAGAAGAUGUCCGUGGAAAGAAAGAGGUGGAAUUCCUUGAGAUGAAGCAGGGUAAUGGUACCGUAGCGGAGUAUACUGCGAGAUUCCAAGAGUUGAUCAAGUAUUGUCCCCAUUACAAUAUUAUGAAUGCUGAGAGGUCUAAGUGUUUGAAGUUUCUGAAUGGUCUGAGGCAUGACAUCAAGAAAGCUAUUGGUUAUCAACAUAUUACUCGUUUUGCAAAGUUGGUUAACAAGAGUUAG